UUUAACGGUCUACAUUGUGACACGUACAUAAUUUAAAUAUGUUCGUAGAAUAUUUGUUUGUUUGUUACGUUGCAUUAUGGCGAGGUUCCGGACGGACAACGAAGCGGUAACCUCUAUAGAAACAUGUUGCUCAAAGGAGCAAAACCCACAAAGCCCGACUUUGUCUUCCCCACCAUUAGAUUUCCUUGGCACAGACAACCCAUUGGCAAACCCACUACAACAUUCUCAGCCAUGUCGUAUGCAAAACUUUUCUUUAGACUCUGUGACCUAUACGAAAAACUGGUCCAGUUAUCUGUCAAAUCUGGGUCUAUUAUCUAUGGCAAGCUUGCUCGUGUCCACAUGAUCGAAAGUGCUUUUAAACCAUGUCUGUUUUUUCUGAAUAAUCUUCUUCGUAUGUAUUGUAAAAGUGGUGAUAUAAACACAGCUCGUCAGCUGUUCGAUAAAAUGCCAAAACGCAAUGUUAUUUCAUAUAAUUCUCUGAUUUCUGCAAUGGGAGUAUUUAAUGAAGCAAGGGUUGCUGGUUUGAUACUUGAUAAGUUCACCUUUGCAGGUGCUAUAAAUGUGUGUGGUCAAACUGGGGAUCUUGAGUUUGGUAAGCUGAUUAAUGGGUUAGUUAUCGUGGGUGGAUUUCGGGCUAAAGUUUUUGUAACCAAUUCCCUCAUUCAUAUGUACUCAAAAUGUGGUGAGGUUAAUAGGGCGAGGCUUUUGUUUGAGAGUUCUGAUGACUUGGAUGAAGUUUCUUGGAAUUCAACGAUUGCUGGUUUUGUUAGAAUUAGUGCCAAUGAGGAAAUGUUGAAACUUCUAGGAAAAAUGCACCGACUGAAGUUUAAUACUUAUACACUGGGAAGUGUCCUAAAGGGUUGUUGCACAAAUUUUAUGGAUUCAAAACAUCAUGGAAAAGCGCUUCAUGCCUGCUCAGUCAAACUUGGGCUGGAUUCGAAUGAUGUUGUUGUGACUGCAUUACUUGUUAUUUAUGCAAAGAGUGGUGAUUUGGUUGAUGCAAUCCAAAUUUUCAAACUGAUGCCCAAUCAAAGUGUCGUCAUCUAUAAUGCUAUGAUCGCUGGAUUCCUCCAAGAUGAUACCAUUUAUGAUGAAUAUGCAAAUGAAACUUUCAAUCUUUUCUCUGAGAUGCAAAGACAAGGAAUGAAGCCUUCAAAGUUUACAUUCUCAAGCAUGCUCAAAGCUUGUAAUGGUGUUGAAGCUUUUGAGUAUGGAAAGCAAAUUGAUGCUCAAAUUUGAAAGGGGAACCUUCAGUCAGAUGAGUUCAUUGGAAGUGCUCUUAUUGAUUUGUACUUUUUUUUUGGAUCAGUUGAGGAUGGAGUCAAAUGUCUAUGGACAUCCAUGAUCGCAGGUUAUAUUCAAAAAGGACAUUUUGGAAGUGCAUUGACUUUGUUCUGUAAAUUGCUCUCUUCUGGAAGGAAACCAGAUGAGUUCAUAAUAUCAAGUGUAUUGGGCGCUUGUGCUAAUUUGGCCACACCGAGAUCUGGACAGCAGAUUCAGGGAUAUGCAAUAAAAACAGGUAUUGGGAAUUUUACGUUACUCAAUUCACAAAUUUGCACGUAUGCAAAGUCUGGAGAUAUUGAUUCUGCUAAUCUGACCCUUGAAGAGAUGGAGAAUCCGGAUGUGGUAUCCUGGUCCGUGAUGAUCAGUAGCAAUGCGCAACAUGUAUGUGCAAGAAUAGCUUUUAGGCUUUUUGAGUUGAUGAAGGAUCGUGGAAUUGAACCGAACCAUAUUACAUUCCUUGGAGUUCUAACCGCUUGUAGCCAUGGGCGGCUUGUUGAAGAAGGAUUACGAUACUUUGAGAGCAUGAAGAAAGAUUACGGCAUGACAGCUAAUGUAAAGCACUGUGCCUGCGUUGUUGAUCUCCUGGGUUGUGCUGGGAAGUUAGCUGAUGCAGAAAGUUUCAUUCUGAACUCUGGUUUUGAGGAAGAUCCAGUGAUGCGGCAAGCCUUGUUGGGUGCUUGCAGGGUUUACACAGACAGUGUCACAGGCAAAUGUGUUGCAGAGAGAGUAAUUGAGGAUGAACCUCAGGCGUCUGCAUCUUAUGUGCUUCUUUACAGAAUCUACAAUGAUGCAGGGUUAGAGCUACAUGCUACAAAAAUUAGGGAAUGGAUGAAAGUUCGAGGAGUUAAGAAGGAACCUGGUCUAAGUUGGAUUGAGGUAGGGAACAAAGUUCAAUCUUUUUUGGCAGGUGAUCGAUCUCACUCAAUGAGUCAAGUGAUAUAUGCAAAAUUAGAGGAAAUGUUGUGUAGGUUAGAGAAAAUACAUUGUAUAGAAGAGAAGCCUAUUUCUAGUAUCUCUGAACCCAAACUCAAAGUUAGCACAGUGGUGAACUACCACAGUGAAAAGUUAGCUGUGACUUUUGGUAUUAUCAAUCUGCCAGCAUCAGCUCCAUUGAGGGUGAUGAAGAACUUGAGAGUCUGCCGAGAUUGCCAUACAAUGAUGAAGCUGUUCUCGAAGCUGGAAAAGAGAAAUAAUUCUUAGAGAUCCAAUUCGCUUCCAUCGUUUUAGAGAAGGUUCUUGCUCUUGUGGGGAUUACUGGUAGUUUCAAUUAGAGUAAAUUACUUGGGUUAGUGAUCCUUGGUUUGAUCUGUUCCAGCCACAAAUUUAGGGAGGCAGAAGAAUCCCUGUGCUACAGAUUUGGCUUUGAUGAGGUAGACAUCUAAUUGUGAAGCAGUAAAGGGGUAAGACUUGGGAAAUGGAAGCUAAAAAGGACAGCCGAACUCCUAAUAAUCAACUAUUUCAAGAGUCAAACUGAUCAUAAAGAGUCAGGAAGAAAGUUUCCAGUUACAGAGGACGGUGCAAUGCCUACUAUCAGAACAUUGAUAGUAAAAUGAAGAGUCUAAAUUCAUACUUUCGCAAGAAGUGAACGAAUUUGUGGAUAUCUUUUCUGCAAUCUACAAGAAUCAGCAAAACGUUGGUCAACUUUUAUUUUGGUUUAUGGUAUUACGUCCAUUGAUUGACCACUUUCCUUCUGUAAUGAGGAAUUCUAGUUGGUGAAGCAGUUUAUCUUGAAACCAUCUUAUUUUAUGUCAGUGAGCAUCUAAAGCCAAAUUGUCUCAUUCUAGUACCAAUCAGAACAAAAAAACAACUGUUCCAUUCUAGUGACUUUAUGACUAGAAGAUUGUCAAAGCCAACCGAUGUUGAUGCAACACCAAAUGGAAGCACUGGGCCAAGCCAAGCGGAAUCAUUAAUCAGUUGGACAGAUGAGUUAACUAUGAAAGAAUUGAAAACACUCUAUAGAAGAAUUGGAGAAUACUCUGCUUGGUUGAAAUCCAAGUGCAGAGAUUGUGUUUCUAUUUAUACAGUACAAGUUACACGUUGAGCUCCUUGAGCUAAGAAUAAAACAAACUUAUGAAACUUAGUGCAAAUAAUAAACAAACAAUUAACUAGAUCCUAUGCUGAUUACAUUGGAUUAAGUUAGAGAGAUGCAGAAAACAUGGGGCCUGGAAUCCUGGACUGCAGGCUGCAAUUGUAGACCGAUUAGUAGGCUGCCGUCUUCCAAAGGUGAUUUCUGUAUAUGGCAUGCUGUGAGUAGGGUUGCUAGGAGAGUCUACUAGCAACUGAGCUAGGUCCGGAUUACACUCCUCUGCAUGAUGCUCUGCAUGGUCCUGAUUUUGAAGCUGAUUCUGAGGUGGUGAUUUUAUCUUCUAACAAACUAACCUUAUGGAGCUCUUGUAAGUUUUUUCUCCUUUCCUCCAUAUUUGUUACGUAUUCAAGAUCAAACUGAAAAACAUGUGCUCCUUACGAUU